AAAAAAAAAAAAUUUUUUUCCUCUUUUCUCGGAUUAUAGAUAAGGCGUUAAUAAUAAACCUAAUAAAUGAAUUUUCCUACAAUUAUAUUCCGAAAACAAUCCAAAUUUUUUAUAUCACCACUCCUCAGUUUAUCUUAUUCUUCCUCAAAUAUUGUAAAUAAAGAAAAAUAUUAUUAAAUGUUGAUACCAGACGUACUUUGUGAAAUUUUUAAAUACCUUGAUGACCGAGACGAGAUAGUUGGUUCAAGAACAUUUCGUAGUUUACAUGCUUGUCUUUUAGUUAAUAGACGUUGGUGUGAAAGCGCCGUUUCUAUUUUAUGGAGUAAUCCUUUUCAUCGUUGUCAUAAAAGAGGUGGAAAGGCUCUUGUUCAAAUUUUACUUAAUUGUCUCAAUAAUGAAGAACGGCAAGAUCUUCUUGAAGAUGGAAUUUAUUUACCUUUUAAUAAAUCGGAUACUCCAAUCUUUGAUUAUCCCAACUUUUUAAAAAAUUUAGACUAUUAUCAGAUGAUUUUGUUCGUAAGGUCAUGGUGUAGCCUUUUGGAUGAUACAAGUGAUCAAUAUGUUGUCGCUAUUUUAAGGUCACUUUUGAGACUUUUUGCUGACCGGUCAGCAUCUCUUUCGUCUCUCACUAUUCGUAGUGCAGGAUUAGAUGACGAUAAAUUCAUGUUAUUAGCAAGUCCAGAAGUUUCCACUUUAAUUAGACCUGUUAAACACCUUACAAUUAGUUGUUACUUUCCUAAGGAUAAUCUUCUAACUGUAUUAGCAAAAAAUUGUAGAAAUCUCCAUUCACUCAGAAUUAACAAUUUAAGCGCCUAUGAUGAUACAUCAAUUCAUAAUGCAAAAAAAUUAAGUAUACUCAUAGAAUCUCAAAGAGGAUUAAAACAAAUAGUAUUUUCUCGUUGUAAAGCAUUCAUUGGCGUUAUAAUUCCUUCAUUAGCAAAACAAAAACGUACUUUAAAACAUAUUAAAUUUCGUGGUGUCGAUUUUGAUGAAUGCUGUAAAUGGGACGCUUUAAAAUCUUGUACAAAAUUAGAAAAAUUAGAAAUUUCGGAAUGUUAUAAUUUAGAUUUUAAUAUGGUAUCUCCACUAUUUAAAUCUCAUCAACGUAAUUUAAAAGAUGUGGGGAUUCAUUCUUGCGAACCUUUUGAGGUUAAUGAUGAACUGGAGGCUUGGGCUUAUAUGAUUAAUUCUCGAAGACGUCGUAGAAAUUCUUCAUCAUCAUCUACCUAACCUCUUGUUUUUUUUUUUUUUAAAAA